CAUAAGACACCUGCCAGUCUAGAAAAGCAACCCAGGUGGUAACAACGGCUGCAUUCCCCAGAUCUGUAUAUCUGCUCUGGAAGGGUUCUAUUCUCUGACUAGGGACAAAAGGAAAGUUAGUUUGUUAUUGUUGUCCAUUAUUGUGUGGAUUUGAAGGAGUGAUGUCAGACUUUCCAGAUAAUGUGGCCACCGAGACCAGCUCCCCCCAGUCCCAACAGGGAGGGUCCAGCUUUCAGCUUGCCAGUAUUUCCAUGGACCUGGGCUUGAUCAAGAGCAUUCCUGGAAUCCUGAUGUUGGCUGAGAUAGGUCUUGGCCUGCUGCAAUGGGCUCUAAUUGCCAGUGCCUCCUCCCUUAUUCCUGCCUAUGGCUGGGUGAUGUUUGUAGCCGUUACACUGUGGCUGCUCACCAUUAUCCUCUUCUUCAUGCUCUUCUUUGGCGCCUAUCACAAACUCAGCUCUGUGCCCUGGCCAAUGUUGGUUAUGGUGUAUAAUGCUAUGGCAACCGUUUUGUACCUCACAGCAUUUCUGGUCAAUGCUGCAUCAGUCGCUCCUUACAUUUCAACAUACUUCUACGGCCAUAUGGCAGCUGCUGCGUUUUUUGGCAUUGUGGUGACUUUGUUAUAUGGAGCCAGCACCUUCUUUUCCUAUUUGGCAUGGAAGGGGGAUGGAGGUAAUGCAGCCAGCAACUCUGGUCCUGCAUAGAACUACUCUACUAUCUGUCCUGAUAAACCCUCUCCAUACAGAGAGACUUGGACAGUGUGAACCGAACAGUGUGACAAGUAGAGGAGAUUCCAAACCUGUUCAUCAAAGGACGAGUGUUUUUAUAUACGGUAUACUUUUUAAAAAGAAGCUGGACAUCAAUAGUCUUUUUUUAUGUCAAAAUGGUGACUGGAGUGAAGACUGGAAGCAUUUUGCAGACCCUUUCAAAGUUGGUUGCUAUGGUAACCCCACCACUGCACAUCCAUCAGUACACACACUCAUCAUGACUCACUCACAUACAUGCUCCCAUACAUAACAUAACCACUAUGAUCACAUACUAUGGGAAAGUGUAAUGAAUGAUACAUCCAUUUAUACUGUAAUAAAGGAGGUAGGUAGCCUAGCGGUUAAGCGUGUUGGGCCAGUAACCGAAAGGUCGCUGUUUUGAAUCCCUGAGCCAACUAGGCUGAUGUGCCCUUGAGCAAGGCACUUAACUCUAAUUGUUCCAAGGUCGCCUUCAAUAAAGGCUGAUCCUUGGCCAUGACCCCACUCUCMGUGGGUGUUUCGGGGGGGUGGGAUAUGCAAAAAACACAUUUCUAAUUCACAUGUGUUUAAUACACACUUGUGUAUGUGUGAAAUAGGACAAAUGUAAGCACCCACCUAAUUAUUAUAAUACUUGUAGAUACACAGGGAUCCCAAUGGGUUACACGGUCUGUGUGCAACACACGUUCAGAAACGUAUUUUUAUAUAUUCUUUUUUUUCCACCAUUGUGAAGACCAAGAGAAUCAUGUGUACUGUUUAUCCAUAUCAGUUCACCUUUUCAAAUAAAGUAGAUUGUGAUUUUACAAAA